AUGGCUUCUCAGUUUCUUGUUCCUGCUCUAUUUUUUCAAUCUCGUCUUCAAACUGUUGCAUCGCACAGCCCUCUUUUUAUGAAUCUUAAUAGCAGAAGCAACUACGAUGGACACAGUAUUGCUAUCCGAGCAGGUAAGCAAUUAUCGCUCCAUAUCAAUACAUCUAAUCCUGCAGAAAACUCACUCAAAUAUGGUUUGAAUCUCGACGAAAUUAGCUUCUCGCACACCGAAAUGGAGAUGAAGGACUUUCGAUUUAAAAGUCUGGUAAAUAGGAUUAGGUUUUUGUCCUCCAACAGUAAGAAUGAGAAAAUUGAUCUGGAUGAAGCCGAACGAGUUCUGGGCUCGAUGUUGGAAAAUGGGUUUCAGCCAGAUGCCGAGACACUCACGAUUCUCGUAAACUCCUUCUGCAAAAGAGGAAGGAUGAAGAAGGCUGUAGAAAUUUUCGACCUCAUGAACCGAAUCGGAACAAAACCUACAAUUCAAACUUACAAUUGUUUGUUAAAGGGACUCUGCUACGUGGGGAAGGUGGAAGAAGCGUAUGAGAUGUUGAUGAAAAUGAAGAAGAUGAAGAUCCCAUUGAAGCCCGAUAUUUACUCAUAUACCGCUGUAAUGGAUGGGUUGUGUAAAGUGGGCAGAUCCGAUGAAGCUAGGGAAUUACUCGAUGAAGCUGAGGAAUUGAUGGGUCUAAAACCAAAUGUAAUCACUUUCAACACUCUGUUCCAAGGGUAUUCUAGAGAAGGGAGGCCAUUGGAGGCUAUAUCUGUUCUGAAACUGAUGAAGAAGAAAAAUUGUGUUCCUGAUUAUAUAAGCUAUGCCACUUUGUUACAUGGGCUAUUGAAAUGGAAUCAGAUUAGGGAUGCUCUGAAGAUUUACAAGGAAAUGGAGCGAUUUGGGUUUGAAGUGGAUGCGAGGAUGAUGGGGACUUUGGUGAGAAGGUUGUGUAGAGAAUCACGUAAAGAAAAAGGUAUGCUUGAAGAUGCAUGCCAAGUGUUUGAGAAAAUGACGAGAAGAGAUUCAAUAGUAGUAGACCAGAGGACACAUGAAGUAAUGAUUCAGGCGCUUUGUGCUCGAGGAAGAACAGAAGAAGCAGUGUCAACUUUGCUUUUGAUGGAUGAAAAUGGAAGAAUUCCUAGUGGACUAUGUUUUGAUGCAUUGAUCAAGGAGCUCAAUGCACAGGGAAGAUUGCUUGGUCAUCCCGAUUUGUUUGGUUACGCAAUGAAGCGAGGUGGCGUCCAAGUAAACUCCUUUGUGUAA